UUUUUUUUUGUCGAGCACGAGCCGCUCGACGCAAGGCCGAAUCUUGAGCGUUCCCUCUGGCGGCCCCGAGCCUCCCCGCCAUGGGCAGCUUCGCCAUCGUCCUGGCCCUGGGCCUGCUGCCCGCCCUUGCGAGCGGGCACGCGUUCCUCACCAAGCCCGAGAUGCGCGGCGGGGCCUCUGGCAACGUCGGCAACGGCUACUGCCCGCAGUGCUUGGGGUCCACCGACCUUCCGAUGGCGACCUGCGGGAACGCCCACUUCCUGGACGCGGUCGGCCCGGUCACCGAGCUGCGGGCGGGGGAGCUGGCCGAGUUCGCGAUCACCGUCACCGCCCACCACAAGGGACACUUCGUCUUCCGGCUCUGCGACCAUCGCCUGGACAGCCAGGCCGGUGGCUACCAGGCGCAGGAGGAUUGCCUGAACGAGCACGUCCUGAGCCGGGCCAGGCCAGAGGAGGUCCACGCGGACUGCCAGCGAGACGACCCACGCGGCGAUUGUCAGCCCUACGACGAGGCUAAUCCUGGACAUUGGUACCUCCCACCCCAUAGCGGGUCCCACCUCGACCGAGCGCAGCACCGCUUCCACUACUGGAUCCCCGCCGACCUUACGUGUGAGAGCUGCACGCUGCAGUGGUGGUGGAUGAGCGCGAACAGUUGCACGCCGCACCCGGACGCCUACAAGUGCUACUUUCAGGAGAUUCGGAUGCAAUUCCUGGGAGGUCAAAUGCUGACUUUGCCCUGUUCCAAAACCUGGUUUAAUCCGGCAUAUUCCCGCUGAAUCCUGCUUAAUCCGCGGCCUAAGCCGGCGUAGUAGCCCCCCAUUAAUGGGGCUUCAUCCUCCUCAUUCUUUCCGACGCAGACCUCCCAGUAGUUGUUUUCGAAAGGAGAUGGAGCGGCAGGGGUGGGACGCGAGCGCGUGGUGCGAUGGCGUGUGCUCCUACCAGGGCGAGUGCCCAGCGGACCACCAGGGGCCCCACGCCCGCACCAGCGCCCACUCCGUCGCCCACGCCGGCGGCGCCGGCGCCCACGCCGGCGCCCACGCCGGCGCCCGCGACCCCGUCGCCGACGCCGGCGGCGCCGACGCCGACGCCGGCGCCCACGGAGGCGCCCGCGACCCCGUCGCCCACGCUGGCGGCGCCGACGCCAGCGCCCACGGAGGCGCCCACGACCUCCCCCACCGCGUCCGGCGGGCAGCCCAGUGUCUGCGAGGCGGCCGUGAGCCACCACGGCGAGGCCUGGGACUUCGCCGGGCCCUGCUCCGCGUGCCUGGCCGAGAACAACGUCUGCUACGACGACCCCGAGCAUAGUUCUCAGAACCUCUGCUCGCAGUGGCCCCAGAACGUAUGGUGCGGGGGGGCGUCGCUCGUGGAGUCUCGCCGCGGCAGGCGCAGGCCGUGCGCCUUCCUGGGCACGGCGCUGCUCCAGACCGUGUGCCCUCUGUCGCGCGCCUCGCCCGGCGAGGGGCUCCAGGCUUGAGAGCCCAGCCUUCUUUUGCCCGAGGGGGGACAGAGGAGCCCCUCUCCGAAACGUCGCUUCGCAGUUGCCGCCCACCAGUGCCGGCAUGAGCGUCGCGGCGCACCCGUCGUCGCCUUCUGCGUGCAGCGUUCUGGCGGCGCUCUCGAAACAGGGCCCGCCCCUAGGCUGGCGUCCGUGCGAUCGGGGCCCUCCGUCGUCUUUGAUGACGAAGGCAGCAAGAGCAGAGCGAUCUAGAAAAAGAAGGGAUCGGAGG